AUCUAUCCCCUCUCACUCUUAUCUUGCGCAUACCCCAAUGCCCUGCUAACGUGCGCCUCAAUACCCGGCCUAAAGAUCAUCACCACCACCACCAUCAGGUCCAAGCAGAAAUUCUUCUUUAACAAACACAUCUAUGUUCCAUCUCCUCAACUUUUCUUAAAAAAUAUUUUAUUUUUUUUUGUCACUCACAUGAAAGCGUAGUCUUCUGAAAACGUCUCUCUCCCUCCCCCCUCCCUCGUUCUCUAUCUCUCUGGAUUGGCGGCGGGGAUAUACAUCGGCGAUGAUGGCAGGGGGACAUCGGCGUAACUUCCGGUUACUUCUGUUCUUGUUGAUUACGCUGGAAACGGCACGGCCUCUGACCACCGGAGACCCAAACGACGAGGCGUGCCUGAACCAUCUCCGGCAGAGCUUGGAGGAUCCGAUGAACAACCUCCGGAACUGGACAAAGUCCAUGUUCUCAAACCCCUGCAGUGGCUUCACCUCCUACCUCCCCGGAGCCACCUGCAAUAAUGGCCGAAUCUACAAGCUCUCCCUCACCAAUCUCGCCCUCCGAGGCUCCAUCUCUCCCUUCCUCUCCAACUGCACCAACCUCCAAUCCCUAGAUCUAUCCUCCAACCAGAUAUCUGGCGAGAUCCCGCCGGAACUGCAGUUCCUCGUCAACCUGGCCGUCCUCAAUCUCUCCUCCAAUCGUCUCUCAGGCCAAAUCCCGCCGCAGCUCGCUCUCUGCGCGUACCUUAACGUCAUCGAUCUACACGACAACGAGCUCUCCGGUCCGAUCCCGCAGCAGCUGGGGCUUCUCGCGAGGCUAUCCGCGUUCGACGUGUCGAACAAUCGGUUGUCGGGGCAGAUUCCGGCGUCUCUGGCGAACCGGAGCGGGAGCCUCCCGAGAUUCAACGCGAGCUCGUUCGAAGGGAACAAGGGUCUGUACGGAUAUCCUUUGUCGGGCAUGAGGAAGACAGGGUUGUCGGUGUUGGCGAUCGUGGGAAUCGGGCUCGGCAGCGGGCUUGCGAGCUUGGUGAUUAGCUUCACCGGAGUAUGUGUAUGGUUGAAGAUAACGGAGAAGAAGAUGGCGGAGGAAGAAGGGAAGAUUAGCCACUUGAUGCCUGAUUACUGAUUCAAUUAUAUGCCCUUAAUCACAUCUUAAUUCAUUAGGGUUUUUUUUAAAAUCAAACUCCGAUUUUAGGAUACUCUGGAUUUGCCUCUCUUCCCCCCACUCUUAUCUUUCUCAUUUUUCCCAUUAUUUUUUGGAUUUAUCUUUCCUUUCUUUAAAAAAAUGAGAAGUUUUUUGCAACUUAAUUUUGACCUUUGCCAUCUUCGAGUAAUUUUGACGUGUGAUGAAAAUUGAAUGCAUAAUCAAAUUUUAUACAGAUUGAAUUAUGGUUUGUAGAUAAUCACGGAUGUGUAAUUUACACUCUUCAAAGGGCUAAUGGAGCAUUUAUUGCGCUUAA